AUGCAUAUUUCACUGCCAUCUCUAGUAUUUGCUAUUGCUGUGCUGAUACCGGUAUCGGUCCAGCUUUCCACAAUUUUAAAAUGCUAUCAGGGACGUUAUGGCGGAGGAGGGCCUGAUAUUGCAAACACUGUGGUACUCGACUACUGUCGGCCAUUUCAUAAAUGUUGCAUGAUGGCCAUUUCCUUGAACGGGAAGACUUACAGUUGCUCGACUACUUGCGUAACACCCAGAAAUAAUACAUGUGGUCCAGACCCAGACGAUGUUGCACAAAUUAUUGAUGUUCAAUACUGCUUCUGUAAAAGUCAUGAAGAAGCGCUGUGCUCACCGAGAUCUAAAUAG